AUGAAUUCACAAAAAGUAUACGCAGGUAGUAGUAAAUCUCGUCCUCAAAAAAAUUUAUCUGGUGGAUUUGGGAAUUAUUGUUGUAUUCCUGGCUGUAAAAGUGCUCUUUACGACUCAGACAGAAAGAAAACAAACAUUGGACUUUUUAGAAUUCCUAAACAAGAAACCCUAAGACGACAGUGGACCAAUGUUAUUAGAAAUGUUAUAAGAAAAGGUGGCGCUGAUAAUUUUAACAUUGAGGAUCCAAAAAGAAAUUAUAGAGUGUGCGAGUUUCAUUUCAAAACUGAAGAUAUCAGAAUUACAUUAGGAGUUGGGACACACAAAGUACGUAGAAGACCCCCACCCAAAGAUAGGCAUAUCCCUAGUAGUAGCAGCAGUAAAAGUGAAGAAGUCAUUUCAGAGUCCGAAGAGUCUGUUGUUGUGUCUGCUGACCAAUUUGAUGGGGAAAUUUCACAAGAGGUUACGGAGCUUGAUAUACUGAAAGGGAAUUAA